AUGGCGAUCUCACCAAAUCAACAAAACUUGGCUCUUACAAAGGUGCCCACCUUCAAUAGGCCAGAAGCCGGGGCACAAACCGACAAUGCCCGGCCCACCCCGAGGCAGCGCUGGGCCGAUAUCGCCAAACCCGUCCCCCCGCUGCCGCUCGAUACCCCCUUCAUCCAGGGCGCCAUCGCGGGUAUCGACCUCCAAAAGAAGCAGGCCAGCCUAGCGAACACCAUGCGGCAGCACGGGGACCUGCACAAGCAGUACGGACUCUACGGGAACAACAUCCUCGUCGUGCUCACGAGCCAGAACAAGCGCGAGUGCGACCUCCUUUUCAACGCCGCCCGCGCCCGCAAGCCCAACGGGGCCACCCUAAUCCGCAUCGACCACCCGGGGUGGUCCGGAGUCGGCAACCAGGCGUACGAGGGUGCAGGCGCCAUCGGCGCGCACAACAAGGUGCUCACCGCUCUCGGGAACCUGCUCGUGAUGCCCCAGCACGUAAAGUUCCUCAAGGACAACAAGAUCGGGUCCAGCGUCGUCGGUGCGGUGGAGGAUUUUAUCGUGCGGGCCCGCGGCGCCGGGGUCGACCCGGCCACGAAGGAGCUCGUGACGAACUGCCCCGUCGACUGGGGUUUUGUCGUCUUCUGCCGAGUGCGGCUGGCUGCGGACCCGGCGUUUAGGUGGUCCACGGCCGUGACGCAGGGUGCGCCCGUGCCAAUGAACCACUGCAUCACGGCCGGCAGGGCUGGAUACGAGGACGAGAAGAAGACGUUUUGCAAAGUCACCAUCGGGAAGGUGAUUGGCGAGACUGGCCCGGAGAAUGAGAAGAGCUGGGAUGAGGCGGACUGGCAGGCUGGCUUGAUUGGCAAGUCGUGGUACGCUAUGCUAGGGGAUGCUCUGAACAAGGUCCGCAUUCCUUGGCCAUGA